GCAGCCCGCGUCUGGAGCCCGGGGGGGCCGCAGCCCCGUGGCGUAUGGCAGGGCUGCUGCGGCGGAGGGCCGCCGCCAAGCCGGGCAUGAGGCGGCUGGAGAGGGAAGAGCAGCCACUGCCUCGUCCGCAGCUGCCCUUCGCCAUCGACAGCAUCCUGAAGCAGGAACCCGGCAAGGGGCGCUCCAGACAGGCAGAAGUAGAGGAGCUGCUGUUGGAAGAAGAGGAGCCGGGGAAGCACUUCGGCACUCGGGGGCAGGGGACCGGCUGGCUCACUGAGGACGGGACGGGAGGACUCGGAGCCGAUUCCCCGGGGCCCGAGGACCUGGGCUACGGCAUCAUCGCCCCGGAGCCCUUCCCCCGAGAACUGGUCUGGAGCUGCGGCAAAGCGAGCGGCCGGCUGCUGGCGGCCGCCCCCAAGAAGAAGACGCGCACCAUCUUCUCCAAGAGCCAGGUGCUCCAGCUCGAGGCCACAUUCGACGUGAAGCGCUACCUGAGCAGUGCCGAGCGGGCCUGCCUGGCCAGCUCGCUGCAGCUCACCGAAACCCAGGUGAAGAUCUGGUUCCAGAACCGCCGGAAUAAGCUCAAGAGACAGAUGUCCGCAGACUUGGAGGCCCCUCUUGCUGCCCUCCCGGAGCCGCCGUCCGGGGAAGUGGGGAGAGUCGCCCCGGGCGCGGCGCUGGCCCUCUCUUUCCCUGCCCUGUACAAAGGCAGCGCCUUCUUCAACCGCUGUUUGCUCCCAGCAGCGAUGUCUAUUUCUCUCCCUCUGCUUUACCCGGGAAGCGCCAUCCCUUGCCUCUGCUUCCCAAAUUCUGGCAAGUAUUUCAGCCUUGUGAAUGGCGAUGUAUAACCGAUCCCUCUCCAGUGCCCCGGUGUUCGGAUGAGGAUCUACGAGACGGUCCCUUUUCCACGGGACUGGGUCGGCUCUGCUUACAUCACCUCCUAUUGCACCACAGA